AUGUAUUUACCAUCAUCACCAGUUCGUGGGGAGAACAGUCCGCUGCGCGCCAAAAUGGCCGCAAACGUGUCUGAGCCCCUGUCUCUGUCCAAAGACUACCCUACUCCAAACCCAUCCUCGUCGCUUGGCUACGAGGAAGAGUCUGAAAAAGCACGCAAGGUUGCAUUCGAACUGCCAUCGCGCAAAGUUGAGAUUGUUUCCCCCAUGUCGCGGGUCCGCAGGCUUAAGGUGCCAUUGACAGGGCGCCAGAUUAGCAUUGGACGGUCAUCCAGAUUGAACCAAUGCGUGCUUAACCCCCAUAAUAAGCUGGUUUCGCGUACCCAUUGCUCCGUCCACUACGUUCCCGAAACUCAUACUCUCAAGCUUCACUGCACUGGCUGGAACGGCGUCAAUGUUACAGUGCCAGGACGCGUGGACGUUGUGAAAAAGGACGACGCGUUUGAGGUCACCAGCAGCACGAUCGCGCCAAAAAGCUCUCGUAUUUUAUCCCAGGAGGCCUCGGUGACCAAUCUCUACAUCCUCAAGGGCGAGACCGUUUUUUUGCCAAUGCUUCCAGGACUCAUUCUGGACAUCCGUGGGGAGCUGAUCCUGGUAGAGACAGAGGAUGAACUGACAGAGGACGAGGCUGAAGCAGAAUUGGAGCAGACACCGGAGCCAGUGCAACAGGAGACUAAAAUCCCCGUGGAGCCCAUCCAGACUAGUCAUGAAGACAAGGAGAACAUCCCGCCUGCGGCCAUAAAAGAGCAAAUGGCCGUUUCUCCUGCGUACACUCCAGAACAGUCGCCGGAUCCAGUCACGGCCACCAAAGCACGCGCUAGAAGCAAGAACCACAACUCUCCGAGAAAAAAGAAGGACACCGAACACCAGAUCUCCAAGGAGGAGGCCGAUGUCCUGUUGGAGCCAUUGCAGCCCCAACUGCCCCAUCUUGCCAAUAUUCUGGUCAACCACUUGGCCUACUCAAGACUGCUGCAAACACCGUUGCAGAUUUUGAUGGACCUCAAGGCUGUGCAGGAUCUGGGGUUGACUAAGCAGCAGCUGCGUGGCUUACUAAUAUAUUACGUGGACUGUAUCGGCGUAAUCUACCGUGUUGGUAAAGAUGCGGCGGGCAAGCCGUUGGACGAGGAAUACUACUACGACCCGGAAAAGGACCAGGACAAGUCGCGGGUCCAGCUCGUGGAGGAGCUGAAGGGCUCCGCUUCGCAUUUGCGCAGUUGCAGAAAGACACAUAAACAGUACUUCUGGAAGAAGCCGGCAAAGAGAUAA